AUGGCCGUCAUCUUUACACGUAACGACGCCCUCAACAUCAACCCCCAGGCGGGCGACACUCACCUCUCGGUGGGCGGAUCAGACUGGCUCUGGGCAGUGACAGCCGUCUACCUGCUCUCCUUCCUCAUCUUCUUCGCCCUGAGCCUCAAGCCUCCGCAUGGCGAAAAGAUCUUCCACUACCUCUUCACCAUUGGCCUCCUCGUCGGCACAAUCACAUACUACGCCAUAGCCUCUGGCCUCGCCUACUCGGUCAUCCCCACGCAGCGCAACCGCGGACACGCCGCCUCGUACCAGAUCUUCUUUGCAAAGUACAUCAACUGGGUCGUGGCAUUCCCCGUAGUCAUCCUGGCCCUGGGUCUCCUGAGCGGUGUUAGCUGGGCUACCAUUGUGUUCAACAUCUUCCUCGCCUGGAUCUGGGUCAUCUCAUACCUCUGCUCCGCUUACACGGCCACCUCGUACAAAUGGGGUUUCUUCGCCUUUGGCACAGCCGCCUACCUCCUCCUGGCCUUCCAGACCCUCCACGUCGGCCGCACCUCUGCCCGCCGCCUGAACCUGACCCGGGACUACCUCAUGCUCGCAGGCUGGCUCAACCUCCUCUGGCUGCUGUACCCCAUCGCCUUCGGUGUGGCCGACGGCGGCAACCAGAUCAGCGUGACAAAGAGCUUCAUCUUCUUCGGCAUCCUCGAUCUCCUCAUGAUCCCCGGCCUCGCCUUUGCCUUCCUGUUCCUCUCCCGCAAGUGGGACUACAGUGCCCUCAACCUGCACUUUACCCAGUACGGCCGUGUCAACGCUGGCGAGGGCGUAUUCCCCGAGAAGAGGGCUCCCGCUGUUGCGGCUCCUGUCUCUGCUGCUCCUGCGGCUACCCCUGCUGUCUAA